CAUCAGGCAUUUGGGGGCCGAAAGGCCGGCCACGCGUGGUAAGCGAGAAGCAGCGCCUCCGUCGUCCUUGGAGCUCUCGGCUGAUGGGCGGAGAUGGAGGAUGGCGGAGCCUGGACGGCGCGCACCACCUUGCAGGGGGCUGGCCUGGGCGCAGAGCCCACCUCCCGCAGAGGGGGCUGCUCGGCCUCCCGCCCUGGACCGGCCCCUCCUUGGCGCCUCCCUUCGGCGGCCGCUUCGGGACGCGGCGGCGGCCACGUCUGAAAGCGGCUCAUUGUCCGCGGAGCAGCGGCGGCGGCACCUGGAGCGACCCGGCGAGGGCAGCAAGCCAGUCAGCCUGCGCGUCUCAGCCCCCAGGCCCCGCCUGCCCCCUGUUUUCCAAAUUCCCCGCGUCUCUGAGGAAAGGGCCCGUGAGUCUUGGCCGAGUUGUGCUCUGCUUCAGCCAGAAUGGUGAGGAUCCGAAUAUCCAGCACUACAGUUGCAAUCUUCCUUGUGAUUCAGACAGGAUUUCUACUGUUUUUGUGUGCUCAGCAUGGUGGCUUUAUGUCUCAGUCUGAAGAGAAACCACCCCAGGUGCACAUUCUCAUCCUCUCCUCCUGGAGGUCAGGGUCUUCCUUUGUCGGGCAGCUCUUCAGCCAACACCCUGAUGUCUUCUACAUGAUGGAGCCAGCCUGGCACGUGUGGGUAACCAUGUACCAAAACAGUGCCAAGGUCCUGCACAUGGCGGUGCGGGACCUCAUCCGGUCAGUCUUCAAGUGUGACAUGUCGGUCUUCGAUGCCUACCUGCCAUGGAAGAGAAAUGUGUCAGAUCUCUUCCAGUGGGCAGUGAGUCGUGCCUUGUGCACAGAUCCUGUUUGUGAAUUGUUCCACCGCACUGAUAUCACCAGCGAAAGUGCCUGCAAGGCUGUCUGUGGGAAAUCCCCCUUCAGCAAAGUGGAAGAGGCCUGCAAGAGCUAUAGCCACGUUGUCCUGAAGGAAGUCCGGAUCUUUGACCUCAAGGUGCUUUACCCUCUCCUCACUGACCCCUCCCUGAACCUUAAAGUCAUCCACCUGGUCCGUGACCCCAGAGCUGUUGUGAAAUCCAGGGAGCAAUCAGCAAAAGCUCUUGCCCGUGACAAUGGGAUUGUCUUGAGCAUGAAUGGCACAAAAGUGGAAGAUGGCCAGUACAAAGUCCUGCAGGAGAUCUGUAGAAGCCACGUUCAGAUUUAUGAAACAGCAACCCUGAAACCUCCAAGUUUUCUGAAAGAUCGUUACUUGAUGAUCCGGUUUGAAGAUCUUGUACGAGAUCCUUUAGUGGAAAUUACAGCAAUGUAUAAAUUUUCAGGUCUUCAGCUGACCAGCAAACUUGAAAACUGGAUCUAUAAUAUCACCCAUGGACAAGGGCCAAGUAGGAAGAGGGAGGCCUUCCAAAUCACUUCCCGAGAUGCAGUAAAUGUCUCCCAGGCAUGGAGGACUGUUCUCUCGUUUCAGAAAGUCAAGCAAGUGCAAGAGGUUUGCAAGGGUGCCUUAAAUAUACUCGGAUACCAACUUGUAGAUUCUGAGAAAGAACAGAAAGAUUUGUCAUUCGAUUUAGUGUUGCCACAUCGAAAAAGUCAAUUCAGCUGGGCAUCCUUUAGUGAAAAUUAGGGGAAGUAUGACUAUCUGUAAUCUCUUCUUCAUUGCCCAGGUAACUGAAAAAUAUUUAUUUUGAUUGUUGAAUUCUGUUUCUAGUUAUCGUUCUUUUUCCUUUUUGCCAUUUACAUAAACUAGAGCAAAUGGAAUAAAGGGGUGAUAUGUAGUUCGCAGAAAUAUAUCCUAUUGGAUCAGUCGUUGUACCACACUGUCCUGCUAUAUUUGUAGGUAUCACGAAUGCCAUUUUAAAAAUUUAAUAACAAUGUAGAACUUCCAGAAACUGCAUUAUAUUUGACAUAACUCUUCAAUACAAAAUACUUUCCAUUUGCUUCUCAGAAUAGGGCAAGAAA